AUGUCGACCUCUGCUACCGCUCUGGCUGUAGGAUCGUGGACUCUUUAUGCGCUAGGAGCCUGUUUAAUACUUUCGCGAACAAUCUCUCGUGCCAUCACUCUGGGAUCGUUCGCUGGCCUUCAACUGGACGACUGGAUGAUGGUCCUUGUCCUAAUCCCAUUCACGGGCACCGUCUUCUGCGCGAAUGGAGCUAUCUCCAAUAUAGAGCCCACAGUGCUCGGCACUACUGCAGCCUUGAAGAUGCGAUUUGCGCUCGAAGAACUGCAAGUAACGACGAGCUGGCUGGUAAAAACUUGCCUUUUGAUCCUCUAUCGACGCAUAUUGUCUACCAGUAGAAGGAAGCGUCAAAUCCUUGCAUGCGCGUCAGCCUUCUGCUUUCUUUCGUAUCUGGCAAUCCUGAUUCUCUUGCCGCUCUGGUGUCUCCCGGUAACAGACUACUGGGCUGUAGCGCCAACAAACGCGAAGUGCACAAGCUACCGCGACCACUCCAUCCUCACACUCACCCUCAGCAUUGCUACGACACUGAGUAUCCUUGUCCUGCCUCUCCCUUCUAUCCCAACGCCUCGAAGAUUUCUUCUGGGCGUGCUUCUUCUUCUCGGCCUCUUCGUACUGGUGUCCGGGAUACUCGCUCGAUAUUACGUUCUCGCCCGGCCCGCCUCUUCGGUCUAUCUGAUUUGGUACGUUGCCGAAUCCACCCUUACAAUCCUCUUCGCGAACCUGCCCUUCCUCAGCUCCCUCGUCUCAUCCACAACACCGAACCGGGUCCGACACUUCAGCAGCGGCCUCUCGCUGUCUCGCUGGCCGCGCUCAUACAAAAACACUCCACCUUUGCGCGCACAACGAGAGCGUCUGGAUAGCACGGCGGCGAGCAUCAGCACGCUUUCUCCGGUACGUUCGCAGCAGCUCUGUAGCGUCGCCAGUACUGUAUCGCCGCCCGACGUUGAGGAUGUAUGGGGCGACACUAGUGCACCGCCAUCAAUCCCUCCCACGCCGAUUCACAAACUGUCACCCUCGGAUCCUCCGCCGGAGCUUGAGGUGUAUUGGACGAUGAGACGCCCAUCCGCCCUCAACGCAGAUCUCGAAAAGAUGGGAAAGGAGACGCAAUGGCCCUUGCGGUGA